UACAGAAGAUCUUGAACAGGUUAGCUCUCUACACACAACAAGCACACAAUGCCUACCAGAUUCACUAAAACUAGAAAGCACAGAGGUAACGUUUGCGCGGGUAAGGGUCGUGUUGGUAAGCACAGAAAGCAUCCAGGUGGUAGAGGUAUGGCCGGUGGUCAACACCACCACAGAACCAACUUAGACAAAUACCACCCAGGUUAUUUCGGUAAGGUUGGUAUGAGAUACUUCCACAAACAAAGAAACCACUUCUGGAAGCCAGUCAUCAACUUAGACAAGUUAUGGUCUUUAGUUGAAAACAAGGACGAAAAGGUCGCUUCCUCCACCAAGGACGCUGCUAUUGUCAUCGACACUUUGGCUUCCGGUUACGGUAAGGUCUUGGGUAAGGGUAGACUUCCACAAGUUCCUGUCAUUGUCAAGGCUAGAUACGUUUCCAAGUUGGCUGAACAAAAGAUCAGAGAAGCUGGUGGUGUUGUUGAAUUAAUCGCUUAAACUCCUUUACUUACAAUCUCUCAUCUUUUCCAUUUUGUAGUUCUUAAUCUAUAAAUAAAAUAAUAUACUAAUCGUAUACAUUUUUAGCUCACUCGUUCUCCUGCUCUUCCUCUCUUUCUUUUGAGAAGAAGGUCAGUGAUAUAGAAAAACGCUUCCACCUUGCA